CUUUACCCUGAUCAACAUGGCCAGCAUGGCACAGUCCGUGAAUCUCCUUGUUCAUGCCUUUGUCCUCAUUGUCCUUGUGCAAGGGGCGAGGUCAUCCGAGAAGUGCGGGCAAGGGGCCGCGGGCUUGGAGGUGCUGCAGACCAGCAACGGGGACAAGGCCGGGGUGGACACAGUGUUCGAGGUGAUCGUGAGGAACCCCUGCGCGUGCGCGGUGCGCGGCGUGUUCCUCCGCUGCGAGGGCUUCACGAGCUCUAUUCCUGUCGACGCGAAGCUGUUCCGCCGGGAGGGCAAUGACUACCUCGUCGACGACGGCGGCCGGAUCGAGAGCGGAGGUGAGGUGCGGUUCCGGUACGCCUGGGAACGCCCGUUCAACAUAACCCCCGCCGCUUUGCAAGACGACUGUCAUAGUGGAGGUGGAGUUCAUCAGUUCACCGUGUAACAGCGGAUACAAACUAACCAAGGUUGGCUAGCUAUAUAGGUGCGUAGACCUGUGUCGUAUUUGAGUGAGUUUUUUCUUUAACUUCAAAUUAUGGUUCCGACAUAAAUUUGUAUAAAUGGAUGAUACAAGUAAUGUUUCCUACCAGUCUCCCAAAUGAUAAAUGGAGAAGUACAAGUCUCUUGUUGCUGGGCU